AUGGGAUCCAAGACACCGGGAAAUCAUCGCCGGGGCCCAAAUGAGUCGUCACCACAUCCCGCAAUUGAUGCCAUCAAUCCUCCGAAGCAAGCCGCAGCAAGUAGACUCGUUCAUAGUUCACUCGAAGGAGAAAGUGAAGGCGGGGAGGAUGAGGACGACGAUAAACCUGGAGCCGACCUAAAAGCUGUUGGUCAAAUUGGCAACAAUGGCCAGAAAAGAAACAAGAGAAGGAAGAAGAAAAAGAAGAAUACAAAGGAAUUGGAGAUCCUACAGACGACCCCGCCUAGGGUUGCAUUAGCGAACAUUUUUCGCAGUCAGCGAUACCCGGAAGCUGAAAUUGUCAAAUACAGCACGGACAAUGACAAUCUUCAGCGCACCACUGCUGAAGAACUCCGUCAUAUAUCCGUUUUGAACGCUAUGGACGAUGAGUUCCUAAAUGACUACCGCAAAGCUGCCGAAGUCCAUCGCCAAGUCCGCCAGUAUGUGCAGACAAUCAUCAAACCCGGCAUUGCGCUCAGCCAGCUUGCCGAAGAAAUAGAGGACGGCGUGCGUGCACUAACCAAUCACCAAGGUCUUGAGACUGGAGACGCUCUCAAAGCCGGCAUGGCCUUUCCCACCGGCCUCUGUUUGAAUAACAUUGCAGCUCACUGGACCCCUAAUCCUGGUGCCAAGGAGGUUAUCCUCAAGUAUGAUGAUGUUUUGAAAAUAGAUUUCGGAGUUCAUGUCAACGGCAGGAUCGUGGAUAGCGCUUUUACCAUAGCUUUCAAUCCAGUCUACGAUAAUUUGCUUGCAGCUGUCAAGGAUGCGACCAAUGCUGGGCUCAAGGAAGCAGGCAUUGACGCCAGGAUCGCUCACAUCAGUGAGACAAUCCAAAAUGUAAUGGAGAGCUACGAGGUUGAGCUCAACCAGAAGGUCAUCCCCGUAAAGGCGGUUCGAAACAUCACGGGUCAUAACGUCCUACAUUACAAGAUCCACGGCGACAAACAAGUCCCAUUCGUAAAGACACAGACCAACCAGCGCAUGGAAGAAGGCGACGUGUUCGCUAUUGAAACAUUCGGCAGUACUGGAAAAGCAUAUCUCGACGAUGCCACCGGAAUCUACGGGUACGGGUACGAUGAGAAUGCCAGCACGGCCGGGCUUCAUCACUCCUCGGCCAAGUCGCUAUUGAAAACCAUCAAGGAGAAUUUCGGGACUCUGGUUUUCUCCAGGCGCUACCUUGAGCGGUUGGGGGUACAAAGAUAUCAUCUCGGUAUGAGAUCGCUCGUCACUAAUGGUAUCGUCCAGUCGUAUGCGCCGCUUGUGGAUGUUCCUGGAUCCUACGUUGCGCAGUUUGAGCAUACUGUUUUGCUCCGGCCAAAUUGCAAGGAGGUGAUCUCCCGAGGAGAUGAUUACUGA